AUGGCUAUGGAACAUAUAAUUACAAUGGCCACAUUGGGACGACCAUUUCAAUUGGGUAUGCUCUAUGAUGUUCGUAGUGACAAACUGAUCACUAACGUAACUCUGUGGGCUCCACGGAUCUUGGAGGACCACACAAAUAUAUAUAAACAAUCGUAUGCUGACUAUGAAAUCAUUACUGAAGAUUCAUUUCAAGACAAAGCACGGGCUUUAGGAGUUAAACCUAAUUUAAAAUUAAGUCUACUCAGUGGCCUAUUCAAUGUUUCAGGCUCUGCAGAGUAUGCUGACGACUAUCAAAAAACAAACCUUAACGCUCGUGUGACACUAAAAUAUUCAAUCACAACACAUUUUCAACAGUUAACAAUGAAACAUCUUGGUAAAGACAAUCUAGAUCAUCCAAGUUUACGUAAUAAAAAUCUUGCAACACAUGUUGUUACUGAUGUUCUGUAUGGAACUGAAGCAUUUUUUGUGUUUGAUCGUACAAUAUCGAAUGGUAAAUUUAAAAACGAAAUUAGCGGUAAAUUAAAAGCGAUAAUUGAUAAUCUAAUUUUUAAAGCCGACGAAGGGGCUAAAUUAAAGUUGACUAACGAAGAAAACAAAAUCGUUAAUAAGUGGAAUUGUAGAUUUUAUGGAGAUUUUCAUUUGAACCAAACUCAAAUUAAUCUUAUUGAAGCUGUCAAAAUUUAUCGUGGAUUAUCAUCAUUGUUAGGCGUAAAUAACGAAAAAGCCGUACCAAAAGAAGUCUGGCUACAUCCAUUAAGUCCUUUGGGUAAUAACCUAACGAAAAUUGUUCGACAAAUUUCAUCCAGUCUAAUAGAUCACACAAUAAAGGUGAUUGAAGAUCUUCGUUACUUGGAAUUAAGAUCAUUGGAUUUAUCAACAAGCAAGAUAUUUACACAUCUUGAUUAUAUGGAAACACAUUUAUCGAAUUUUACCGAGCAAUUAUCGAAAAUGCGACAUGUUUUGAGAAAAAAGAUUGCAUUGACUCUACCGGCACAACGUGGAAACACUAAUAUGCUAGAAACCUUUUUAUUAAGUGUUUCUAAAGAAGUUGAUUCGUCACCAUUUAGUCGGCGACCAUUAAAAUCAUGGCUCAAAGAAAAGGAAGCAGAAAUCACAAUAAUUACGAAGUGGAUUCAAAAUCUAUCCGAAGAUAAAAGCUUAGAUAUUCUAAUUAAAUCAUCGUCAUUAGAUGAAGUCAUUAAUGAUACUAGAUAUGAUUAUAUUUUCUGUCUUUCUUUGUGUCUCGUUGAACACAGUGAUCUUCAAAUUAUUGAUAUGAAGAAGUAUUUACAUAAUAUGGAGAAUUAUUUACAUAAUAAGAAGAAUUUUAAGUCGUCGACUAUUCGUAAAAAACACAAAACGUGGUUUGAAAAUACUCAUAAUAUGAAAAUAUUUGAUAAAAGUGUGCAACAAUUCAAAGAAUUUGCUCAAGGAAACAAUAUUAAAAAUUCAAGAAUAAAAUUUAUUGUUAAUGAAAAAUAUGCAGUGAAUCAUAAUAAAACUGUUAAACUCAUUCUCUACAAUAAUGGAUUAGAAAUAAGUGGCUUUAUUAUGCCAAGUAAACCAGCUGCACCAUAUGCAAUAUCUAUUACAGACAAUAGUGUAACAUUAACAUGGACAGAUGAAAGUAGUGGAAGUGAAAAUGUGCAAAAUUACAAAGUUAUGUAUCAGAAAUAUCAUGGUAAAAAUCAAAGUAAGGAAGACGAACAAUGGUCUGAAGAGUACACAAAUGGUAAUUACAAAAACAUAACCAUUUCGAAUCUGCCAUCAAGCACGAAAUUUAUAUUCAAAGUACAAGCUAUAACUGCAAUUGGACUUAGUGCAAUCAGUGCACGUAGUGAACCCAUGGAAACAUUUGCAAAUAACGAAAGUAAAAGUGAUUUUGAAGGUAAUCCGAAUCGGCUGAUGAACCAACAGCAUAAUCAAUCUUUUUCUCGUUCAUCUCCUAAUGAUUCUUUCGUACGACAGUCAUUAGCUGUUCAAGAGCGAUUAAUGAACAUAUCAGCUAUUACUCAUAAACUUGCUAUUGUACCACCUGGUUCACCAGCUGAAAAUGUUUCCAUAAUUCAGCCAGGAACGCCGGCAAUCUUUCAUCUAGACAACAGGACGGCGUAUGUUCCAAGGUAUAAGACAUCUCUUCCAACUUUAUCUAAAGGUCCUGAUUCAUCUAACGUUGAAUUUUCAACUGUCUAUCAUCCAGAAUUCGGAGCACUUGUUAUGGAACCGUUUAUCGAGAAUCUUUAUAACAUAAGCAAUUAUGGAAAUUAUAAAGUAACAAUAUAUUCUGAAGAUUCACAGCACAUUAUCGCUGAAACGAUGAUAGGUCUUGUACCGGAAAUAGAAAUAUCCGUUCCAAAACAAUUUAUCAUUCGUGAUUCUAUUAAUAACUUGAUAGUGAAUGGAAUUGUCACAAUAAAACUUGUGGGAGGUGGUGCAGUAGCUUUCAACGGUACAACAGAUCAAAGUGGUAUGAUUAAUUUACCAGAUACUCUGGCUGAUGGUACUUAUGAAGUUGAAAUUUAUUCUCCAAAUAAACCAACUCUUCAACAGUUAAAAUUCUUUAUGGUGACAUAUCAAAAUCGCAGACAAGAAAAAAACUUUUCUUUUCUCGGAAGAAGUAAUCUCAAGCCAAAUGAAAUAGAAAUUAUACUUAGAUGGGCUGCGGAACCUAGAGAUUUGGAUUCUCAUCUAUAUUCAUCUGACGGAAAGCAUAUCUAUUUUAGCAAUAAAAAUGAAAAAAAUAUGGCAUUGGACUGCGAUGUUCUAUACGGCUAUGGUCCCGAAACCACUAGAUUCACUAUUCAACCAAAUCUGACAUAUAUUUACGUAGUUCAUCGCUUUUCGGACGAACCUAUAUUGACCAAGUCGAAAGCAGAACUUACAUUUAAUAUCGACACAAAAACUACACAUAUAAACAAGAUUGGAAGACACGAUAAAUUGGUCAAUGGUGAAAUUUAUAAGAUUCCAGAGCUAACACGCCCUGAAGCUAGAUUCUGGAUUGUAUGUAUGAUUGAUGGUUCAACAAAACAAAUAAAAUUCUUUGAAAAUGUGUUCGAAGACCAUAAUGAUUACAUAACAAAUGAAAUCGAUAUGAAAUAUUACACAGAAUAG